AUGGUCAAGGACAAGGUCGCAACCGCAUCUACUUUCUUCAAUGAUUGCAUGACAGAGCUUCCUCCUGGAGUUUUCCUUGUCCUCGCUUUUGCCUAUAUCGAAAAUGGCAAAUAUCUGAAGGCUUUUCGUCAUGAGUUUAUUGGAACGCUUCUCAUGAUUUCCUGCACAUUCAGUGCUGGAAAGUGGAUUGGACAACAGGACAUGAAACUGGCCUGGACAGCCCAUGCCAUUGGUGUCAUUGCCGCCGAUUGGUUCGGAGGAGGUCCUCACGUCAACCCAGCAAUGACAACCACCAUGUGGGCUCUUGGAAAGUGCACCUACACAGAAGGAUUGGUCCGAAUAGCCGGACAAAUGGGAGGUGGACUCAUUGCCUUUCCUUUCUUCCAUGCAGUUUCCAACUACCUUGGAUUGGAACCCUUUGGUGGACCCGAAUUUAACAUGGAAUCCGACGAGUACGAAGCUGCUGAAGCCGCUCUGUCCGAAUUCUGUGCUACCAUGUUGCUCGCCUUUGCUAUCUACAUUCUCAACUGGGAACUCAACUUUGGAUCCUACCACUACAUUAUCAAGCAGUUCCUCACGGCUGUGGCCAUUCGUGCUCUCAUUGAAAUGUUCCCCACGGCUGGACCUGCCAUGAACCCCAUGUUGGCCACUGCUUGGGCCGCGUUUGGAGUUGGUGCUGGAUUCGAAUUUCCCGAAAACUUCUCCCACUACUUUGUCUAUUGGGUAGCACCCUGUGUGGCCGCCAUUGUGGCCAGCUUUGUCUACGCUGUGUACUCGGGAGAAUCAUUCUUUGGUAGCAAGCUUCCCAUUGGACCCAUCAAGCCACAGCCAGCUGGCAAGGUCAAGAAGAACUAA